GCGGCAGAGAUUAAGCGGCUGGCUAGUGACAGGAAGGACUUCGGCCAGAACGGUCCUGUCAUCGCAGGCACCAAGUGCAGGUUGAUCCGAGACAACAUGGACAUUGAAGGCCUGUUCUGCAUGGACCUGAAGACCUCGGCAGACGAAGGAGGAAACACCUUCAAUAUUUGCGUCGGCAAGAGCAUCAAAGCGAUAGUCAUCGCUAAGGGAAAAAAGGAUACGAAUGGCGGCCAGGUUUCUACGAAAGUGUUUUCGAUUGUCGAAUACCUGCGGAAGGCGGGCUAUUAAGACAAGAUGGCCGCCGUCCUCCUGCACCCACCGAACAAGAUGGCUGCCACCCUCAAGAAAGUGGCCACUGUUUUUAGCUUUUUUUAGUUUUGUAUCAUUUUGACCUUCCUUCAGGGAUAAAUAAAAAAGUGUUUAAACUUUGA